CGCUCAGCCCCGCCAGCGCCUGUGCUCUCAACGCAGCGGUUAAGCCGGGAUCUGGUGCUGCCGCUUGUGGGCGGUGCCUGUGUCACCUUGAACAAGGUGAAUAUGCAGAUGCUCUGACUCCUCCAUGCCUAGUGCAUUUGUAGCCUGAAUCCAAACCAAAUACUUCUUGCCACCUCGCAAUGAGCCAGUAGAGAUGUUAAUAGAGCUUGAGGAUUUUACUGACUGACCAUGGCAGAAAAAGCCUUAGAAAAGUUACAUAUCCUGAAUCAGCAAGCAAAGAUACUCUCGGCCAUAAGAGCAAAGAAAAACAGGCUUCAGAACGGAGGAAGCAAAAUGACUUUGGUUACUCCACUGACAUUUGAUUUUCAGUUGGAAUUUGAACAGAAUAUUGCUACAUCCACAUUUAACACAGAAGAUAAAUCAUAUGGCAUUAAAAAACAAAAAAGGUAUGUUUCUUUCCAAAGUGAGCCUGAACCUAGAAAGCGUCAUUUUGAAAAGUCAAAUUUAGGACCACACUUUGUUCCAACAAAUAGAAAAAAUCAAGAAACUAAGUCAACAGAGAGACUACAGCCUGUAGAAGAAAAUCUAAAAUCAAGAUCUGUUGGGCCUCUUCUUUAUCUUAAGGACACAGCUGAGGUGGAAAAUGCAGAACCCUUGUGUAAUCUAUAUUCACAGAAUAGACCAGCAUGUAGAAGAUCAUUGGGUUCUCAAUCUAAUGCUUAUAAAAAGGAAAGAGACUCUACUUUACUUGCAGUUUCAGCUCAAACCGAAAAACAUCCUAGGGAAUCAUUUGAGUCUGUUGGCAAUUUAGAAGAUUAUGUAAAUGAAAGAAAAUCUCCUCCACAGAUGAAUGAUUUUAGUAUAGAAGAAAAUAAAUUGAUCAGAAAUGAUCAAUUACGUGAGUAUUGUUCAGUAAAAGAGAAAAGCUUGCUCCCCUUAUGCUAUGAGGAUGAACUGAAAAGGCCAAAUGCCAAGAUAAUCAACGUUAAUCCACCAGAGACAGUAAUUUCUCACACAGAACAAAAGGACACAAAUCCCAUAAUUUUCUAUGAGACACAUUAUGUACAAAUGUUACUUAUGACCAAAAAUAGGCUUCCUCCCCAUCCUAUGGAAAGUGAAAAUAUUUACUCAUGUAGAAGAGCAAAUUUUGUUUUAGAAAGAAAUCGUGCAAUCCUCAAAUCUUUAUCUAGGGAUCCAUCUAUUACUCCUUCCAGUUCCAAAAGAACUAUGCUUGUAGCAUGGAGAAAAGAUAUACAAAGAAUACCAUUUGAAGUGGAACACAACGUUGUAGGGGAUAAACCAAAGAAGAAAACUAGUAAGCAGAUAUUAGAAAAUAGAUCAUGGAAUAAACCGUGUAAUUUCUCACAGAACUUUCCCAGCCUAACACAAAAUUUGGUGGGUUUUCUUGAUAAAACUGUUAUUCGAGAAGUGAGUGCUAAAACUGGAAAAUUUGAAAGAUUGUUUUCUACCAUGAAACCAAAGAACUCACACAAAUCCAGUGCCUCUCCUGUCAAAUGUUGCUCAAAGCCUUUAAAAAAGAAACUCCAAGUACAUAAAUUAAAUUAUGUAACACCACUGGAUGAUUUAUUAAACUUGUAAAGUGAAAAAUUAAAUGCCUGAUAAAAUAUCCUCUAUCAGAAAUAUUUGGAAAACAAGAAACAAAUAACCAAGUUCCAAGAUGAUACAAGAAACUCUUGUCCAAAGAUAGAAUAUAUAAGAAUUGAAGUUACAAAUCAAUGGCAGUCUGUUCAAGAACAACCAACAUUUUUAGUAAAGAUUAGGACAGAAUUAGGAACUAAUUAUCAGCAAGAGGAACCAGUUCAUGAAUUUCUAUGAUCUCAGUUACAGUCCUCAAUCAUCAGCAUUUCUACAGUAAAAUCUGACUCAGGAAUAAUAAUGGCAUACACUGACUGGGAAUUUGCUAUU